AUGGUAUCCACAGCCGAAAAGUCGAAUCACCGGAUGGCCAAAAAAGACCAAGCUUCGAAAACCAACGAGAAGGCUGGGCGCAAGAAGAGUGCAGCCAAAGCUGAGGAGGCCGCCUCGGCCUUUCAGCCCAACGAAAACCUGAAGACCACACUGGCUCAAAUCGAGAAGCAGUUUGGCGAAGGGGCCAUCAUGCCCCUGGGCAGUGAGCAGACCGGGCGGAUCAAGGGUAUCCCCACCGGAAGCCUCUCCCUCGACCUGGCCCUGGGCGGGCAAGGCAUUCCGCACGGUCGCGUGAUCGAGGUGUUCGGCCCCGAAUCCAGCGGUAAAACCACACUGGCCUUACACGUGGUGGCCCAAGCCCAAAAGCAAGGUGGCAUCGCCGCGUUCAUCGACGCCGAACACGCCCUGGACCCCUCGUGGGCCAAGAAACUGGGCGUCGAGCUGGAAAGCCUGCUGGUCAGCCAGCCGGGCAACGGUGAAGAAGCGAUGCACAUCACUGAGAUGCUCAUUCGCUCGAACGCAGUCGACGUGAUCGUGGUCGACUCGGUGGCCGCCCUGGUGCCUAAGAAGGAACUCGAGGGCGAAAUCGGCGAUUCGCACGUGGGCCUGCAAGCCCGGCUGAUGAGCCAAUCGAUGCGGAAGCUCACCGGGGCCAUCGCCAAGAGCAAGACGGCCGUGAUCUUCAUCAACCAGAUUCGCGAGAAAAUCGGCGUGAUGUUCGGCAGCCCCGAGACCACCCCCGGUGGGCGGGCCCUGAAGUUCUAUUCUUCAUGCCGUAUCGAUGUGCGUCGGAUCGGCCAAUUGAAAGACGGCGAAGACGUGGUCGGCCAGCGGGUGCGGGCUAAAGUGGUAAAGAACAAGGUCGCCCCACCAUUCCGCGUGGCCGAGUUCGAUAUGAUGCACACUGGCGGAAUCAGCUACGAAGGCGACGUGCUCGACCUGGCCCUGGCGCACAAGAUCGUCUCCCGCUCGGGGGCUUGGUUCCGCUACGGCAAAGAGCACAUCGGCCAGGGGCGUGAGAAGACCCGUAUCUUCUUGCAAGAGAACCCCGACAUUACAGCCGAACUGAAAGACAAGGUGAUGCAGGCCGGCGGCUUCAUUGAAGACGGCCUGGUGACACCCAACGAAGGACGCGCGUCGUUGCACCCAGUGGCGCUCGCCUACGAUGAGGUGACAGCCAUGCUGGGUAAAUGCAGCCGUGUGAAGAACUGCCACGACCGCGAAAGUUGGGUCGACGAAGCGGCGCGUCCAUCUUUGGAGCUUUCUGGUUCCAAAUUGCGGGGGCAAUCGACCGCGCUAGUGGUGAGUUACCUCGCCGUAGUGCUAGCACUGGCUGCCGGGCCGGCGAUGGCUCAGCCACCGGCGGCUUUGGACAUUGUGGAUGCGGUCGAACAGGUCGUCUCCGAUGCGAUCGCCCGGGCGGAACCGUCGGUGGUGAGCAUCGCCCGGGUGCGGCCCACCGAAGUGGCCGCCACGCCGCGGGCCCCGUUCGAUCCGUUCGGCGCUCAGCUUCUGCGCGACAAUCCAAACCCCAAGGACCCCAGCUUCGUUCCUAAUGAAUACGGCACCGGGGUCAUCGUCGACGCGCAGGGCCUGAUCCUCACGGCCUAUCACAUCCUGGGUAACAGCGAGCAGUACGACUACUUCGUCACCACGAUCGAUCGCCAAACCUACAAGGCCACGCUGCUAGCUGCCGAUCCGCGGAGCGACUUGGCGAUCUUGAAGAUCGAAGCCUCCGGGCUGCGGCCCAUCAAGUUCGGCAAUGCCGACAACCUGCGAAAGGGCCAAAUCGUCAUUGCACUGGGCAACCCAUACGCGAUCGCCCGCGAUGGCCAGGUCAGCGCCAGUUGGGGCAUCGUGGCCAACAUGCAUCGCAAAGCGCCUCGUGACGCGGCCGAAGGUGAUGGAAGUGUCUCCUCAACACUCCACCAAUACGGCACGCUCAUCCAGACCGAUGCCAAACUGAACCUGGGAACCAGCGGUGGGGCCCUCAUCGACAAGACGGGCCAAAUGGUUGGGCUUACCACCUCGCUGGCCGCCAUCGCCGGGUACGAGAAAGCGGCCGGAUAUGCCAUGCCGGUCGAUGAGACGUUCCGCCGCGUGGUCGACACGCUGAAGAAGGGCCGCGAGGUUGAAUACGGCUUCCUGGGCAUCGAGCCCGACAAUCUCUCGGAGCAAGAGCAGCGGAUCGUGCGACAAGGCAUGCGGGUCAAUCGCGUCUACGCCGGCACCCCGGCCAGAGACUUCGGCCUGAUGGAAGGCGAUAUCAUCACUUCGGUCGACGGCGAAGCGGUUUUCGAUGCCGACUCGCUGGUGCUGGCCGUGGGGAAAGAACCGGUGCAUGCCACCGUCACACUGGGAGUUGUUCGCAACAACGACCAGAUCCCGCCGCUCAACAUCCGCUUGGCCAAAUUCCCCGUGCAGGGGCGAAAAGUCUUCCAGCCACGCGAUCCGUGGCGUGGUCUGCUGGUCGAUUACAAGACGGCCACCAUUCAAGAAUCCCGCUUCCGCCCCAUCCCCCCCGGCGACGCGGUGGUGGUGCUCGAGGUGGACGAAGAUAGCCCCGCCUGGAACGCCGGUGUGCGGCGGGGCAUGUUCAUCACCCACGUGGGCAACCAGAAGGUCUCCUCGCCCGCGGAAUUCGAGAAGCUCGUCAAGAACGAGACCGAUCUCGUGCGGCUCCGCUUUGCCGAAUCGUUCGAUGGCCCCAACACGGCUGCCAUCUCACCGACGUUCAUCUGGCGGUUCGCUUGCAAUUUCGUCGGCCAUUCUUGCGGUGUGACCUACAUUUUCGUUGAGAUCCCACCGCUGGCACCCGGCGUUCGGCCACUCAGCUGCACACAUUGCGUGAGCCUGUCGUUCGUCUGCGUCGCAUCCUCGGGCCGCCGGUAUGAUGGGCGGCGUAUCCGUCCUGUUGCCGCUGUCCCCGCACAAAUGCUGAUGAAAACCGACGAACUUCGCGAAAAAUACCUGGCUUUCUUCGAGUCCAAAGGCUGUAUCCGCCGCCCCAGCGACGUGCUGGUCCCGCAGUGGGACCCCUCGGUGCUGUUCACCCCCGCGGGCAUGAACCAGUUCAAGGACCACUUCCUCGGCAAGUGCAAGCUCGACUUCACCCGCGCCACCACAUGUCAGAAGUGCCUUCGCACGGGCGAUAUCGAAAACGUGGGCCGCACGGCCUACCACCACACCUUCUUCGAAAUGCUGGGCAACUUCAGCUUCGGCGAUUACUUCAAGCGCGAGGCCAUCGCCUGGGCGUGGGAGUUUCUCACGGAUAAGAAGUGGCUCGGCAUCAAUGCCGACCAGCUUUCGGUCACCGUGUACGAAGACGACGACGAAGCCUACGCCAUUUGGAACGAGGACAUCAAACUGCCGACCUCCCGCAUUCGCCGGCUGGGCGAAGGCGACAACUUCUGGCCGGCCAACGCCCCCAGCCAGGGGCCCGAUGGGGUCUGCGGCCCCUGUAGCGAAAUCUUCUAUCACGCCACGCCCAAGGAAGAAGUCGAAAUCUGGAAUCUCGUCUUCACGCAGUUUAAUCGCGUGGGCGAUCCGCCGGACAAUCUCCGCCCGUUGCCCAGCAAGAACAUCGACACGGGGAUGGGCCUCGAGCGUACGGCCUCGGUGCUGCAGGGUGUGGAUACGAACUUCCACAUCGAUAUCCUCCGCCCGUUGGUCGAGGCGGCCGCCGACGUGUGCAGCACGAAGUACGACCCCAGCACCGAGAACGGUCGCCGGCUGCGGCGCAUCGCCGAUCACGUGCGGGCCUGCGUUUUCGCCAUCCACGAGAAUGUCUAUCCCGGCCCCAACAAGGAAAAGUACGUCAUCAAGCGGCUGCUCCGUCGGGCCGUGCUCGAUGGGCACCAGAUGGGCGUUCGCGAACCGUUCAUGCACAACAUGGUCGGUGCCGUGGCCGAGGCAAUGAAAACCCCCUACCCUGAAUUGCAGCAAACCACCGAUCGCGUGGCCCAGGUGAUUCGCCGCGAGGAGAGCAACUUCCUCUCCACCAUCGACGCCGGGUUGGAGCGGAUCGACCGCAUUGUCAGCGACAUGAAAGCCGACGGCCGGGUGAUGGUCAGCGGAGCUGAAGCGGCCGACAUGUACACCACGCAUGGCUUCCCGCCCGAGCUGUUCGAAUCGCUGGCGGCCGAAAGCAAUCUCACCUUCGAUUGGGAAGGCUUCCAUCGCGAGAUGGAGCAGCACGGGCUCGAUUCGGGCGGCGGGCAGCGACACGAACUGUUCCAAUCCAGCCCGUUGGAUGCCUUGAAGAAGGCCAUGCACGGCACCGAUUUCCUCGGCUACGAAACCACCGAGGCCGAGUGCAAAGUGGUGGGGCUCAUAUCCCAAGAUCAGCUUUGUGAAGAGAUCCUCAAAGACGGGGACGAACCGCCGGUGGUCGUGGUGCUGGCUCAAACCCCGUUUUAUGCCGAAAGCGGUGGCCAGGUGGGCGACGUUGGCGAACUCAGCGGACCGGGCUUCCGCUUCAAAGUGACCGACACCCGGAAGGAAGGCAACUUCCAUCUGCACCUCGGGCACCUGACCGAAGGCAAGCUUGAACUGGGCGCCAUGGUCACCGCCCGGGUCGAUGCCGAGCGGCGGCAAGGCAUCCGUCGGGCUCACAGUGCCACGCACUUGUUGCAUCGGGCCCUGCAGAACCGGUUGGGUGAGCAUGCUCAACAGCAGGGCUCGAAGGUCGAUCGCGACUGGCUGCGGUUCGACUUCACCAACCCGCAGGCGGUCACCCGCGAAGAGCUGGCCCAGAUCGAAGACGACGUGAACAUGUACGUCACCCGCUCGGCCCCCAUCGAGUGGACCACGCUGCCGCUGGCCGAAGCCCGCGAGGCGGGGGCGAUGAUGCUCUUCGGCGAGAAGUAUCCCGACGAAGUGCGAAUGGUGGCCAUGGGCGAUUUCAGCAAAGAACUCUGCGGCGGCACGCAUCUCGACAGCACCGGCGAAGUGGGCCUGUUCCGCAUCGUCAGCGAAGAGAGCGUUUCGGCCGGCACCCGGCGAAUCACCGCGCUGACUGGCCCGGCGGCUUUGGCCGACAUGCACGAGCACGAAACGGUGCUCAACCAGGUUGCCACGCUGUUGAAGGCCCCGGCGAACACCAUUCCCCAGCGGGUUGAAACGUUGCUGAAGGAAGUUCGCGACCUGAAGAAGCAACUGGCCGCCGCCCCGACCAAGGGCGAGAUGACCUCCGAAGAGAUGCUCGAAGCGGCCUUCGACGUCGGCGGCACCAAGGUCGUGGUGACCGAAGUGCCCGGGGCCCAACCGGCCGCCAUGCGGCAGUACAUCGAUCACCUGCGACAGAAGGCCAGCCCCGUGGCCGUGAUGCUGGGCUCGGCCGCCGGGGGCAAGGUGCUGCUGGUCGCCGGGGUGAGUCGCGACCUGACCAAGGGCGAUGGGGCCCUGAGUGCGGUGGAGUGGAUCCAACCUUCGGCCGAAUUAGUCGGCGGCCGCGGCGGCGGACGCCCCGACAUGGCCCAAGCCGGCGGCAAAGACGCCACCCAACUCGCCGCCGCCCUAGAAGCAGGCCGGAAGACGAUUCGGAGCUUGUUGGGGUAG